AUGAUGUGUUCAUCUCCUCCUUCCCAUACCGACCAGCGAGUCUGCACUUCACCCUCUGAUAGAGCAACGAGGUUGGAGGACAUAGUGCAGAGGAUGCCUGGCACUCUGAGGGGAGUCGAGCCAGCUGCCGACUAUGUGACGGGCCGACUAGUCCAGCUGAAGCCUUUGAUUACCACCAGCAGAAUGCUAUGGUCGGCAGCACACAUCACUGAGGAUAUCUCUCCAGCUGAGGAGCUCUCGAGCUGUUGUUCAUCGUCAUCAUCGUCCUCCUGCUCCUCCUGCUCCUCGGAAGACAGUGAUGACUCUUCGUACAACGGCCAACAGUCCAAGAGGGACUCACUCGAGGGCGGUAAGGUCUCGUGUAGUACUUCCUCUUGUGAGGACCACGUUGUUAGUGUUAGCAGAGCCAGGAGGCCCCCACCGAAGCGUGUACGUGUGAUAGAAGGUCUUCCUCCAUUUUCUCUCAAGGGCUACCGACUGAGACUGUCCCACCAGCGUCUCGGAGCGCUCGUCAAUGGUCAUGCCUUCAACCGAUUUGACUCUACUUGUAGAAUAUUCAGAUCCCCGAAAAGUCACAGAGACUUUAUCGUUUUACCAGAGUUCCUCUCUGCAUCGGAGAUAGCGCUUGUCGUCGGCGCUGCUACUCAUGCUUCUGUUGAGAAGAUAGAGGACCGUAAAGCUAACCUUGAGUACAAGCAUAUAGCCUAUCGGGUCGAGGUCCAAAUGAGGCUAUUGCAGCCCGGCCUGUACUUGAAGAUUUUGGCGGCGAGUAAAUACGCGUCUGAUCAGCUCUGGGGUGUUUUGGAUGAGUACGAGCACUCCUAUCCAGAGAUGGAGUACAUAGUCUAUGACACGAGCAUAGGAGACGGCACGAUAGAAAAGCAUGUGGACAACUACUCUCUGGUGACUCUUGUGUGCAUGUUGUCUACUCCUGGCACUGACUUCACUGGUGGUCUCAACUGUUUCAAGUGUUCUAAGGAGGAAAGGUAUAAGGUCUUCCACAAGCUGGAUGUCCUUGCCUAUGUAGAGAGCGUUCAUGUCGGGUACAACCCUGGUAGGGCUCGGACGGAGACGGCUAGACGGCUGAUCAUGCAUAUGCAGAGUGACAAGAUAAAGAGGAAGUUCCCUCAGCUGAAGACUUCGUAUGAGCUUUAUGGCUAUGAUACGCCAGCGAGGGCCCAUUUCAAGAUGCAAGAUGGUAUGGACUACGAGUUCCCUAUCGAACAGUACACGUUAGAUGAAGUCCAAGCAGAGAUCCAUAAGUCCCAGUUUAAAUGUGUAUCCACGGAGAAGGAAGCUCAUGGAGAACCCAACACGACUUCACCACCUAACAACGAUGAAGUUGUGAAGGGUGGCUCAGCUGAAAGUGUAGCCAGUGUGUUCGGGCAGUGGACUAAUUGCCGUCGGUGCCACAAGCUUACUGUGGCUGGGGGAGGUCCUCUCAAGGCGUCUGGUUUGCGUCUUGUGAUAACGACUGGUAGAGAUGGCUCUAACCUGUUCAUGAAACAGCGUGAGCCCGGUGUCGUGGUUUCAAGUUCAUUGCCGACUGCGAUGCUGCCUGAGGAUCCAACGCCGCUCUGUCUGCCCCCAACCUUUGCCAGCUUGAAGGCCCACGACGGCGAAACUAGUGGGGGCCUCGGUCGUGCAUGCGGCAGAGGUCAUCGUGAAGAAGAGGAAGUGUCAUUACGGGAUGAACAGGAUGGUGAUAACGAUGAUGAUAUCAGCGACGAUGAGUGUCUCUCGGAGCUCUCGGACGAAUCGGAUUGUUCAUCAGAUAGCAGUGACUCGUCUUGCGAGUCUGACUGUUUUGAUGAUGAAGAUGAUGAUGACUUUGAUGAUGAGGAUAUCAUUAUAGAGCUGGGGGACACCACACAUAACACUGGGGAGGAAGGUCCUAGGUUAUUCACUUCUGUGGGUCAUGGUGACUCUUGGGGUGACAGAGUCAUGGCUACUACUGACGGUGCUGCUACUGCUGCUAUUGCUUUAUGA